AUGGUGGUAGCGGCUAUCAAGGUCGGCUACAAGACCUUCUUGCCUUCUCCAAGAAACAGUCAAGCAGCAUUUGUAUCUCUCCUGAACCAGCUUGAGUGCAAAUAUCUGGUUGCAACAACCCCGGAAGCUCCUUGUGUUCCAUUGAUUGAAGGAAGUUGCAAAGUCGAGAAACUGAACCUGCCAUCCCUGCAAGAACUCCUGGACUCUCAAAGAGUACCUGAGUACCCCUAUGUCGAAACAUGGGAAGGUGCGAAAGAUCACCCGAUCUUUGUUCUCCAUACAUCAGGUUCAACGGGUAUUGUGGUUGCCUGUUCUCCCAAACGUAUUCCAAAGCCCUUGAGUUACACGAACAGAUUUCUCACAGGCAUUGCGAACAAUACGGCGCUGUCGCCACCAGAUGGGUUUCGUAGCUUGGAUCAGUUUUUUCGAGCUGGGAGUUUCUUUAUGACAUUACCCUCAUUCCACGUUGCUGGGAUAGGAUUUUCGUUGGUCGUGCCUGCUUUCCACGGAGGAAUCCCAGUGUACCCACUUCCAACUGCUCCACCAACCAUACAAGGUAUUAUUGAAGCAGUUGACAAUACAGAGCUUGAUUGGGCCUUUUUACCACCAGUUUUUGUGGACGAGCUUGGGAAAGACCCCGUGCUUUUACAUACCGUGGCAUCGAGAUUGAAAUAUGUUUAUUAUACUGGUGGUAGUGUACCAAAGAUCUCCGGUGAUGCUGUCGUCAAAUCACUCAGUUUGUAUCAAGUUAUGGGAUCCAGUGAAUGUGCCACAUUCCCACUGUUGCGAGCCGCGGAUGAUGAGACUGACGAUGACUGGAGUUACGUCCAGAUUCAUCCCGAAAUCAAUGCGGAAUUUCAGCAUCGAUUCGACGAUCUCCACGAGCUAGUGGUCAAGAGAAGAGAUGACAAACAGCAUUAUCAACCAGUAUUCAAUCACUUUCCAGAUCUCGAGGAGUACCACACUCGAGACCUAUUCUCUCCACAUCCCACAAAGCCAGGUAUGUGGGCUUAUCAGAGUCGUAUUGAUGAUGUGAUAGUCUUCUUGAACGGUGAGAAGACAAAUCCGGUGUCUUUUGAGCAGGAAGUUGGUCGACAUCCAGAAAUCCGAGCGGUAUUAGUUGGCGGUCAGCAAAGAUUUGAAGCAUGUCUUCUAAUCGAGUUGAUUGACUCUAAGAUACUCUCGGAAGACGAAAAACAGCAAACAAUUGACAGGAUCUGGCCAACGGUCGAAUUUGCCAAUGCUAGUUGUCCUGCUCAUGCCAGAUUGUCACGAUCGAGAAUUUUGCUUGCUGAUCCGACCAUGCCUUUCCCAAGAGCCGGCAAAGGUACUAUACAACGACAAGCCACUAUGACAGUUUACGCAGAUGCCGUGGAGAGGCUAUACAUGGAACCGGAUGUCGAGGAGCCUACAAUUGAGCCUCGAAAUCUGGAUUUUUCUGACCGAGAAAAAAUCUUGGAGUCAGUUACUGAACUUAUCAAGACGGUCACAAAGUGGAACGAUCUUCGGACAGAUGAUGAAUUCUUUGCCAUGGGUAUGGAUUCCUUACAAGUCUUGCAACUCAAUCGGGCACUCCGAAGCACAUUCGGACUAUCCACGCUUGCUCUGAAAGAUAUUUAUGCAAACCCUUCACUGGAACUACUCACGAAUUCGAUAAUGCAUUCAGGUCUCCGUCGAGGCGUUUCCAAUACUGCCCCAGAUCGAGCGCACGCCAUUGUUGAGACAAUUCAGAAGUAUGAGAAAGAAAUCGACGACAUCGCGUUGAAUCACACUAACAAGAACAAUUUCAAUUUGCAUGACGAUGGCGAGCUCCUGGGCCCACCACGAGUCAUCCUGCUCACCGGAUCAACUGGGGCUCUAGGUUCGUUCAUUCUGAAUGAUCUCAUGCUUCAAGACAACAUCAAACACGUCUACUGUUUGAACAGAGCGCAUGACUCUCAAGUCGUGCAAAAAAGACGAGCCAAAUCGCACGGCCUGUCCAUAGACACGUCGUCUCCACGGAUUACCUUCAUAACGGCAGAACUUUCAGCGCCAAACCUUGGUAUUGAAAAAUCGUUAUUCGAUGAAAUCUCCUCGACUACGACGGAGAUCUUGCACAACGCUUGGCCUGUGGAUUUCAAUAAAACGUUGCAGUCAUUCUUGCCUAGCCUAAAUGGUGUCAUGACUCUCAUUAGCUUUGCGGCCGGUGCAAAGCUGAAACCGUCCCUCCUCUUCAUCUCUUCUAUCAGCUCGGUAAUCAACUUCCAAGGCAACUCAGAAGAUCGUGCACUGGUUCCUGAGGAUAUCAUUAGGGAUCCAUCAUGUGCAGCAAACAUGGGAUACGGAGAAAGUAAAUACAUUGCUGAGCGAAUCUUGGACCGUGCGUUUCGCAAGUUGAACGUCAAUAGUGGUAUUUUGCGUGUUGGCCAAAUCUCAGGGACUGCAGGAAAUCCACGAGGCUGGAAUCGAAACGAGUGGUUUCCCAGCCUGGCUUUGAGCUCGAGGUAUCUCGGUAUACUACCAGAGUCUCUUGGGGCCAAGAGUGAAUAUCAUCCAGCAGGCCCAAUGGGAGAUAUCGACUGGGUUCCCGUCGACCGACUAGCAGAGGUGGUCGUUGAGUUGAGCGGUGCUUUAAGAGACAACAGGCCAAGCGAUGAGAUGCAAGUCUUUCACGCUGUCAACCCACAGAUCGUGUCUUGGGCCGAUAUUCUGCCCACCGUCCAGCAGACUUUAGGACAACCUGGACAGAGAAUAGGAACGGUACCGUAUUCUGAAUGGGUCGAUCGCCUCCAUUCGAGUAGCGUCUUCCCCACAGUCAACGAGGGAGCAGCAAUAAGCGAGGAUUUUAUCUUCAAUAAUCCAGGUAUCAAACUCCUCAAUUUCUACGAAAGCCUUCGCGGUUCGGAUGCUACCAGAACAUUGGCGCGUCUAGAUAUUGUGAGAACGUCAAAGGUGAGUAAAAGCUUGUCUGGGCUGGACCCGGUCAAUGCGGAGUGGGUGAAAGGAUGGAUCGAAGGCUGGCUCGCGAUCAAACCGAGUAUUUAA